AGAGGACCGCCAUUAUUAACAUUUAACCGUUAAUCGGCUACAUUAACGAAUGAUAGCCGAUUAUAUGUGUAAGUAGGAAACUGUCACUACCUGACAUAUUUCUGCCCGUAUCUUCGAGGAUAAAAUGGAGAGAGGCUCAACCGGUACUGCAGAAAAGACCGAGCCGGCUUCGUCUCUGAGGAAAAAUAUAAAUGAAGACACCUGCGCAGCUAAAUCCCACAGCUCCCGGGUUGAUUCCUGUGCUACUACAGAUGUCGCAAGGGCCAGGUGGACUCUACUGAGACAGGUGUUGCGUCAGAAGCAGGUGGACACUCCUGAGGUCAAACAGGUGUCUGUUCGAAGGUUUGCAACGUUUGACCUUUUCAAAAGGCUUCUGACACAAGACCCUAGUGAUACCUCGGAUGACCAGUGGGUGGAGUACAGAAGUGUCUACUUUCCUGAGUACAGUGCCUUACUCAGGGAUAACCUGGGACCUGUCAGAGUUAAUGAAGUGCUCAAGAGUUUUGACAACACCGGUAAUGUCUGUGUGUGGCCGUCUGAAGAAGUGAUGGCUCAUUACUGUCUGCAGAAACGCCACAUGUUCAAGGGUGCAGUGUGUGAGUUAGGAGGAGGUAUGACUUGUCUCGCUGGGCUCAUGGUUGCCAUUUGUGCUGACGUGAAUGAAGUUCUGCUAUCAGAUGGGAACGAGAAGUCCAUUCAGAAUGUACGAGGGCUGGCCGAGAGAAACAGGCAAGCAGGGAAGUUUGGCUCCACACAGGUUUCUGCCAGGGUGGUGAGGUGGGACUGUGAGUCAGACAUUUCGGCACUAGAGGGUCACUUUGACAUUGUCAUGUGUGCAGACUGUUUGUUUCUCGACCAGUACAGAGCCAGCCUGGUUGAUGCCAUAAGGAGAUUACUGCAACCCAACGGCACGGCGUUGGUGUUUGCUCCACAGCGAGGUGAAACUCUGAGACUGUUUUGUCAACUGGCCCAGCAGGCCGGACUCUGCGCCUCGCAACACCAGCAGUAUGAUGCUCAGGUCUGGGAUGUUCACUUAAAGAUGAUGACAGAAGGAAAAGACGCAUACGAUGAAAACAUCCACUAUCCUCUCCUCAUCACCUUGACCAAAGCACCUCCACCUGUCGGCCACACUCAGUGAACCAAAAAGUGAGCCCUCAAUUUAACACAGCACCGACCACUCCACGUGCUGUUGGAUAUUUGAGAUGGAACGAUGUCUCAAUAUCAAGUGUUUAGUCAGAAAGCAAAAACGAGACAUUUUUCAUAUCAAAACUGGCCCCUGGAAGGAUUUAUUACCAGAUGAUGCAUGGCUUCGGACAGUAUUUGAGCGUGCAUGUUUGCAGUUUGAAGUGUAAAAGAAAGACCUCAUUUCCAAAGCAGUGAGGAUAGACGAGGAGUAGGAAAGGAGGAUAUAUUCCAACCUAGUUUGUUUUAACCAUCUUCCAUAUGCCAAAAAAACUUAGGUCAGUCUCCAAAAUAGUCACUCAGUCAUUCAGCCCUUUAAUCAGUUCAUCCCUUUAGGUAAUCAACCAUCCAGGAAAGUGAACCCCAUUGCCAAACAGUCAAGUAACCAGUCUGUUAAAUUACCCAAUGUGGUAGUUAAUUAGCCAGUAAUCCAGUCAUCAUUCCAGCCAACAAGCCAGUCAGUUGCUUAGUCAUUUAACUAGUUGAUUAGUCAGUCAGUUACAUGGGCACAAUUUCCUCAGUCAGUCAUUCAGUCAGUUGGCCCUCUUUAACCUGUCAGUAUUAACCUAUGCCACUGUGUUUCUGGCCCCAGCAUGGAAGCCGGCUCUAAUUCAUUAUCACAGUCUGUGGAGCAGCUCACGGUUUCCUUUGUGUUUCCUUUAUUUCUCUUUCUUCCCUUCUUUAAUUUCUUCUAAUUCAACUCAUUCACCCCAGCCAGAGGUCAGUAUUAAGAAUGUCUUUUGUGCGUUACAUAUAACAGCGCAUUAACAUAUUGAGGCAUGUUCAGAUUAAGGCAUAAUUGCCGCUGCCCAAGAGCCACAGCUUGCACAUUACACAGCAACAUCACAUCAUAUUGUAAUUUAAUCUUGUUAUAAUGUACAACAGACACUUCAAUCCCACUAAUUUCACUCUUGCUGCUUUACUAGUAAUUUGUUAAAAAGUUUCAAACUGCCGCCUGAUGAAAGUCCAAAAUAAUUGUGUCACACACAUAUCAAGCCCCAUUGUGUCUGCUGUCAUAUCUCCUACAUGUUGCACUGAUAUCAAACAGUUUUUGUAACAGAAGUGGGGCUCGCCAGCUACAUCACUUCACUGACAAACAUUUAGCUCUUCAAAGAGACUUAGCAGGCAACAAUCAGAUCCUGUGGCUGCUGCUAAACGCUCUUAGUCUGAACCCACCUUCAGGAUGUGUGAGUGUGUCUGACGAGAGACAGAGAGAGAGAGAGAAUACAUUACAAUACACUACUUCUAAUCGCAUUUAUCAACUACUGACCCCAAUACUGUGGAAGAGAUUAAAAAAUAUAUAUCAUAUGCUGUAUAGGGCAUGGAUUCUUUGCAUCUUUUUUCUUUCUCACUGUUUUUUUAAUGCAGACCCAUCAAUGGUCUCUUAACCCCAAUGUCCACUGGGUGCAGACAGCCUGCUGCCAUUCCAGCUGAUGUGCCAAUAUCCACUGGCCCUGUUACGCAGCAAUGAAGUGCAUUCAUUUGAUCAUUCUUGAAAUUUUACGUACAGUAAACCAAUAUAUUUCACCUCCCAGAUUAAGUCUGAAGCAGGAGAAGUUAUGCUUCAGUUUUCUUUCAGCUAAUAUACACUGUUGACAAAGUACAGGUACAAACAUUGCAUGUUGAAAACAUCAACUAAAAUGAACAAAGUAUCUGUUACCACAAUGAUUAUGAAUGAGCUGCAGACCUAUUGUCAAUGUGCAUGAAAAAAAAGUGAAGCAACAUCCACUGGACCUCCAGGGAUUAGAAUAUGAUUUCAAGUUGAUAAACGAUGUGCAAAGACAGCUCUUAUAAAUUUCACAAUCUCCUCAUGUCUUCAAGUGCAAAAACUUUCAUACAUUUCAGAUAGAUUUCUUUUCCAUUUUUCUGUUUGCCUUUUUUCUAUCAGCACAACGGUUUUACUCAGGUCUUUCCAUGCAUUCAGCCGUUUCUUGUUUCUUGUGGUAUGUAAUAAAUGCCAAGUAUCAGUGGGCCACUCGAGCCUAAAGUUGUACCUAUCACUAGUAAAGUGUUUCCAUAUUUCACUGUGAUACAUUAAUGUACACAACAGCCAAGAAGCUAUGCAGUAUCUCCCAGUGGCUGCUGUUUACAUUCCUCAUGUUGAAAAAAAUAAUCCACCUUCAGAAAUGAGAGGUAGGCCUAUUCCCUGUGUGUGACUACUCAGAAAAGUAAAUUAAGCCAGUUUUAUCAGUGGUCUCAAUGCUUUGAGGACUUAAAUUGCAUUGCAACAGCGUUCCCAUUGCAAAGGUUUAGAAGUGUGUUUAAUUACAUUUUUAUCUGUAAUGCAGCUUGCUGUAUACCGUUGAUAUCUGUGGGCUAGCACAUAAAUACCAUCCCAACUGUGACUGUGUACAGUGACUGUAUCACUGCCUAGUGUGACAUCACCACCGCUAACAGUGGUGUCAAUGUAACACUUUGGCCUCGGACACCACUGUUUACUGUGACAUCUGCGCUGCGUUGCUGCUUCUUGCAACAUCACUGCCUCUGUUUGAGGCAAAAUCUUCACCUGGUGCACCCACAAUCUUUAGUGAUAAAGUUUUUGAGUACUCGGGCUGGUCUGGAUACAAUUUUUUGAUCUCCAAGUCUGGACUUACUCCAUGCAUACACUGGUUUACCUUUAAUCCCGAUAGACCACCUGCAUGCACAUUUUUUCAGCCUAAAAUGUAUAAAAACAGAGCAGCUAAUAUUAGUAGGGAGUGCAACAAGUAAGUGCAUCGCAACAUGUGUCUGUCGGUUUCAAUAAAAGCAUUCUGUUAUCCUACAGUAUAGAAAACAAAACAAAACAAAAGACAAAUAACCAAAUCCCAAAAGUAUCUAAAUAGUCCAGUGUCCGGGUCCAGCCCUAGUGUUUAUACAGUGAUGCUGUCACUACUUGUCGUGAUAUUAGUGCUUUGUGUUAGAACACCUUUCACUGUGACAUUAACAGAAAGUCAAGGAACCACUGAUAGUCAGUGUUAUUCAAGAAAAUAUCAUGUUCUGCAGCUGAGAAUAAUGUUUGGCAAACAUCAUCCAGGAGUGCUCUGUUCCAACAGAUUUAUGCCACUGUUGUUUUUAUUGUGGGAUAUUUCAGCAAGGCUAUUACUUUAAUUAUCAGAAAAAAUCCUUAGAAUUGUUGGUCAUUUGCAGGCCAUGUCCACACUAAUCCAGAUCCAUUUCACAUUGGAUCUACUUGUAUCUUUUUUCUCCACACUGAUCCUUUUUAUUCAGCCACCAUUUCUUUUCAUCUUUAUUCAGAUUGGAGAUAUAUGUUAAUUCACAAUUAUCAUAUGGUUUAUGUUAUUUCAGGGUUUGACACAAUACACAAAACUGUAUUUAUGAACCAAUUUUUUAAUAAUACUUUAUCUCCUUGGUGUGGACAUGGCCUCAUACAGUGAGUUUUUCUGUUCAAUAUAUUAAUUUAAUUCUGCUUCACUGUAAUCAAUGAGUAAUGAAUGUUGUAGUCUGCAGUCUUAGGGUGGGUGAUUUUUUUUUUUGUGAACAAAUAAAAAUACAUUUUCUUC